UACGCAGAGCGCAACGUACCGGGAGGAUUUGCUGUCUGUAGACAUAUGUUACUCUAUGUAUAUGUACCCUAAAGUGCAUGAUUUUCAGUAAAUGGGCACUGUCAUUAAGUGUUUAUCGGAAGGCAUCACUCGUGAAUUAGACGUAAUCUAAUGUUUAUGAAGUGAAGCAUUCGAAACAGAAAUGUUUUGCAAUCGUCUUGUGGUUGAUAAAGUAAAGUGAAGGCGCUACGAGGAUGAAAGUGUCGAUACAUAUGGCACUAGCAAUUUGGAAUAAAAAGUCGACAGAAAAGUGCGAAAUGUGAGCACGUCAAACCAGAAUUCUUGCGGAAUUUAACUGUGUCUCUUAAUACUUUCUGGAAACAUGGCAUCAGGCGGCACGGCACCGGGAACGAAAAGAGCUGCCAGAAUUUACGACCUGCCGGACGAGAUCUUACUGGAAAUCUUUUCUUACCUGUCGCCGGACGACAUGGCGCGGAGCACGCAGGUGUGCGUGAAGUGGCACGGCAUACUGAAACAGGAGGAGCAGCUGUGGAGGCGUAAGGUGUGGAGUAGCAACAGCGUGGACGCGAUGCAAGAGUUCCUGGCGGCCGGCAGCGGCAUUCCCCGCCUGCGGACCCUCCGGCUGCUCUACGACAGCGAAUACAGGAUCCGGGUCGCCUGGCCAGAAGUGACGCUCCACCUCUGUGUUGCCACUCCCUUCCUGCUGGAGCCUUACUUGCGUUCCUUCGACACCGAAAGUCUGGUGGUGAGUGGCGAGCCGGAUCACAGCGGAGAGUAGUUCGGAGUACCCGAACGAGAUCCGUGGGAGUCGGUGACGGGGGACCUUACGGCAGACCUGCCCCACCUUCGCACACUUUCGCUGCUCUUUUCUAGUUGACAACUUCCCGCUGUGCUCCCGUUCCUUCCCUCAGAGCUCUGCUCCUAAAAUGUAGCUAACAAUAAUUAAUUGAAUACGUUUUUAGCAUCGUACUGUUCCACAUUUUUGAUGACCCUUUUGCUAUGUAAGAUUACAAAGUUAGAUCUCUCAAAAUUGGUGUUGGUGCUUUUUGCAACAUUUAUAAAGUAGUAUUUGUGCUGCUUCCAUCCCUCAAAAGGCAUUCCAUAUUUUAAAAUAGAUUCAUAGUAGGCCUAGUUGUGGUAAUCAAUUUUUAUGAUGUCUAUCUGAAUGCUAUAUGUGCAGUUCAGUCCUCUCUACUGGAAGCUGUGGACAUUAAUGUAGUCUUACACUGCAUAUAAUUUUCCAAUACUAAUAGAUGUAAUAAUUGUAGUUUAUUAAGAACAACUAAAGUGAGCAUUCAUCACUAGUCUUAGAAUGUAAGAAAAAAUAAAGAGUUCGGUGGAGAUGGUACACGUGCUGCUUGUGGCUUUUACUCUGCAAGCAAUCGUGGAAUUAGUUGUGAUGGAAAUAAAGUAAAGUGUUAGUUUUAAUUCUGCUUUUCUUGUUGUGCAUCUGACUGUAUAGAUUAUGGAUGUAUAAUAUUUAAUGCUUGUGUAAAAACGCUGUAGUUCUUAUUACUUAACUGUGAAAAAAUGGAAAGUCUCGUAAGGAAAGUAUUAUCAAAAUGGUAGAUCACUGCUCACCGUAAGGAAGAAACGUCGAGUUGCAGACAGGCGUGACGAAAAGACUGUUCACGAGAGCUAUUGGGCGUAGCCUUCUUUGGAAUACUUCCACCCUCACCCACAACCCCUUCCCGUCUCCCGAUGCUGCUCGUGGCAGCCUCCUCUACUCCCAGAACACUCCACCAGACAGCGCAGAGUCCCCAGCUGCACCCUGCUAUCCCUAAACCUUCCGUGCCCCACUCCAUAUUAUUGCUCCCGUUUGAUGCAUUUCUACAUCCCCAUCUACACUGAUACUCCACAAUCCCCUUACGACGCACAUAAGAGGGUAUCCCGUUCCACUACUAGAUAUUUCCAUUUUUUUCCACUCGCAAAUAGAACAAUGUAAAAACUGUCUUCAUGCCUCCACAUGAACCCUAAUUUCUCGUAUCUUAUCUUCGUGAUCCUUAUGCGCAGUAUAUGUUGGAGGCAACAGAAUUUUUCUGCAGUCGGCUCCAAAUGAAAAUUCUCUAAAUGUUCUCAAUAGUGUUUCUCGAAAACAAUGUCUCCUUCCCUCCAGGGAUUCUCAUUCGAGUUCCCGAAGCAUCUCUAACACUUGCACAUUGUUCAAACCUACCAGUAAGGAGUCUAGCAGCCCGCCACUGAAAUGUUUCAAUGUCUUACUUUAAUUCGAUGUGGUAGGGAUCCCAAACAGUCGAGCAGUAUUCUAGAAUAGAUUGUACUACAACCUAUACGCAGUCGUCUUUACUGAUGUACCACACUUUCCUAGAAUUUGACCAAGAAACUUAAGUUGACCUUUCAUCUUUCCUGCCACAAUUCUCACUAUUUCAUAUUGCUUUGCAAUGUUAGGUGCAGGCAUUUAAAUGGCGUGACUGUCACGCAGGAUGCUACUAAUACUUAUCGAAACAUUACAGGUUUGUUUUUCUUUCUUGUCCGCAUUAACUUACAUUUUUCUACAUUCACCACACAAGUAGAAGUUUUGUCUUCAUCGUCUUGUAUCCUCCUACAGUGACUCAGCUUUGAAAGCUCACCCUACACCCAAGCAUCAUCAGCAAACAGCCACAUAUUACUCCCCACCCUGUCCACCACAUCAUUUAUGUAUAAAGAGAAUAAUAGCAGUCCUAUCACACAUCCCAGGGGCACUUCUGUCCCGGGUUCGAUUCCCGGCGGGGUCAGGGAUUUUCUCUGCCUCGUGAUGACUGGGUGUUGUGUGUCCAUCAUCAUUUCAUCGCCAUUGACUCGCAAGUCGCCGAAGUGGCGUCAGCUAAAAAGGACUUGCAAUAUGGCAGCCGAACUUCCCCACAUGGGGCUUCCCGGCCAACAAUGCCGUACGAUCAUUUCAUUUCCUGACAAUACCCUCAUCUCUGAUGGACACUUGCCGUCGAGGGCAACCUACUGGGUUCUGUAGCUUAAGAAGUCUUCGAGCCAUUUGCGUGUCUGUGAACCUAUUCCUUGUUUAACAGCCUGCAAUGUAUUGUGUCCAGUUCGGCCGUGUGUGUGUGUGUGUGUGUGUGUGUGUGUGUGUGUGUGUGUGAGAUUUUCUUUUCUGAAGAAGGCUCUGGCUGAAAGGUCUCACAUAACAGGCUUUUCAAUUUUGUUGUUUUUAUGGUGAGCAGCAAUCUGCCCUCAUCAUAAUAUUAUUUAACCAACGGUUUUUUUGGCUGUUACUCUGGCAUCAUUUACAAAGAUAAAUGUGUGCAGUUUUGAAUUUUGUGAUGUCAAAGGUUUUAAACUCUUUGCAUCCAAACAGUGUCAACAGGCUGUCAUAGAUGACAAUUACUAACAUUCCAUGUAAGACUAAACUGAGAAGAAUUAUUUCAUUAAAAUUUGAAUUAAAAGCUGUUUAAACUGUACAAAAUAUGAGACAUUGGGUUUGUGAACUGCAUGUCACAAAUUUUUCAGAGAAGAAAAAUAAAUUGGGCAAAAUACUGUAUAUUUUGGUGCCAUAUUUCAAGGGCAUGGCUGAAUGAGCUAACAUUCUCUUGUGUUGUGAGACAAAUGCUAAGACAAAAGUGGUAAAUGAGAAAAAUUGUAUUGUACAAAGAGAGAGAAUUGGGCAAGUGAAACUGUAUUAAAUGAAAUAAAGUAUGAUAUGGUGCACAUAA